GAGUAAUAUCAGUAAAAGCUGCUCUCAUGCUCCACCGCAGAGGGAGUCGUUGCACCGAGUCAGAUAACACCAACGGCUAUCUGUGCAUUGGCGGUUGAGGACGUGACGGUAAGGGUCUCGACACAUGGACACACUCUCGUACAGCUCUGUGUGGUUGCACUGCGGGCUGUGAUUACGGGCGGGACGUCGUAUCUGAGGUAGUUGGAGUUGCCUUCAAGACACUGUAAAUGAUGAGGAUUUAAACGCUGCAGGUUGAUGUUGAGAGCGCGUUAUUGGAUUCAGUGCAUCACUACACGUAUCUGGGCAGACGGGGAGCGGUGGGACCAGGUUAUCCUCUGAAAGAUAAUUGUGCAAAAGCGGAUUACGACCAUCGACGAAGACCUCAAGAGCGUCAUCACCUGUUCAAAUGGACUAAUGUGACAUUGACGUCCAUGUACGCCUGAUACACGGGCAUACGAGGAAGGGGAACAACAGGUGGUUACAAGAAACAGAACAGUCUUCUAUCCACGAUGUUUUUGCAGUAAAGGCGAGAGCGUUGAGCCAAUCCAUCUUGUGUGUACUCCGAUGUCCUGAGGGCACGGCCAUGGAUUUAGAGGCCGUCAGAGUGUUGGCGUGGCCAGAGUUCCUGGCCAGCCCGGGCCAGCUCCACCACGCCUUCACGAAGGAGAAUGGUCAGCUGACCUAUGAUGGUCAGUUCGUGUUUGACCUCACCACGCCAUUGGCGGCGGAACAGGUGGGAGUGGGAUACCACGUGCAGAAAAACGAAAUAAUUUUGAUCAUCCACAACGAGGCUGAGAUGACGUCACUUCUUGGAGACCUACUAAGGAAGCUUCUGCUCAUGCGCAUCACAGUCCUGCACACGGAGAUCUCCAGUAAAUACAGCAUGGAGACCAUCUCAAUACUGGAAGAUGAGUUUGCCGUAUUGAUCAAUACAAGUCACCCGUCCAUCAAAACGAGGCUUGGUGAUGGGCUCAAGUGCGCGGCACUGCGCAUGUCAAGAUGUAGGAAAUUCUGCCUCGAGCUUGACAUGUCCACCUCUCUACACGACUGGUACGCCGAGCACAAGGAGGCCAUCACGAGCUGUGACGACAUUCACCAGAUGAAAGUGAGGCGCGCGAGACUGUACGUGACGAAUCACACGAUCUACAGCCACUGUUUCGACUGCAAGCCCCACUGGUGGCUGUGUUUGUGUUUCUGCUGGCUACUCUCCGCCCCCUGCUACAUGUCCUACCGGAAGUUGACGUGCACUGACAUCUAUGUUGAAAUACAUGGGGAGAUAACUCCAGCAAAAAGUGUACAAGAUGAAAGUAGCAGAGUAGCAAUAGAUUCUUCACGACGCAGCUACCAGACAGUCUGACGUCGUGUGAAACAGAUGCUAGUUUUUCUACUGUUGAGGUCUGGGAGAAAAAUGGUGCCAAUUUUCCAUCACGAAGCCACAGUGCCCAGACUGGGGACACAUCUUCACCACAACCUGUCUCUGGAACCAUCGCAUCUCCCUAUGGUCAUUGUCCCUGACAGCUAUGUCGCUGAAGAUUACUGGCUGAAUCCUGCUAGGUGAUGUGUUACAUAGAAGAAGACAUAAAUAUUAUUUUUGACACAGAGUGACUACAAGUGUAGAAACAAUUCAUAGAAGGUUAUUCUGUUGGCAAUAUGUGACAUGAGAGCGAGAGGAGAUUUGAAACAUUCUCAACAAUUCAUAGAAGGUUAUUCUGUUGGCAAUAUGUGACAUGAGAGCGAGAGGAGACUUGAAACAUUCUCAAGAAAAUGUGACCAAGAGCGAAGCCAUUUCAAUUAUAAGCCGCCAGUGAGAGAAUAUUGUAUCAAAGUGAUCUUCUACUAACAAGAGGGGCGGCGGGUAGCCCAGUGGUUAAAGCGUUAGCUCGCCACGCCGAAGACCCGGGUUCGAUUCCCGACAUGGGUACAAUGUGUGAAGCCCAUUUCUGGUGUCCCCCGCCGUGAUAUUGCUGGAAUAUUGCUAAAAGCGGCGUAAAACCAUACUCACUCACUAACAAGAAAUGUGUGUUCCGUGUAUAUUUCUUGGAGCGACGCUGAACAUAAUCGCCAGUAUUGAGACAGAACAAUCUCACUUUAUAUUUGAAAGUUUUGUUCGAAGCAGCAUGACAAUAGCUUACAUUUGCAGUGUAUAUAAACAUGUUUUCUAUAAUAUUCAUAGUUGAACCUUGAUGUAAUCUGUAGUUAUUUGCAAUUGUUGUUAGUGAUAUGUUAGUAUGUCAUAUGGUCAGGUUAAUGUCACUAUACACAUAAAGUAAAUCACUGCAGAUACUGUGGUCGACUCAUCUGUUACCCUACAGUUCAGAACUAUUCCAGGUCUAUCUACUCACCACCAUAAGAAACGCAAACCAUAGAAACACGUCUCUAAGUGAAGGGUGAGAGAGUUGGGUUAAACGCCGCUUUUAACAGUAUUCCAGUUAUAUCACGGCGUGUCAGCUUAAUGUGGGAGGAAAGCCCGAAGUGAUGCAGGUCUCAGACGUUUACCACUUCGGUGAAA